GCGGCGGAAGCGGCGGCGCUGGCUGAGGGAGGGCGGCCCGUCCGCUCCCUCCGCCCGCGGGGCCCCGCCGGACCAUGGAGCCGGGAGGACGGGCCGCCUGCAUGCUGCUGUUCCUGCUCCUGCUGCUGCCGGYGCUGGCGGCGGCCGCGCCGGGAGAGUUCGACCCGUACCGCGUGCUGGGGGUCGGCCGGAGCUCCAGCCAGGCCGACAUCAAGAAGGCCUACAAACGGCUCGCCCGGGAAUGGCAYCCUGACAAAAACAAGGACCCGGGAGCAGAGGACAAAUUCAUCCAGAUUAGCAAGGCCUACGAGAUUCUCUCCAACGAGGAAAAGAGGGCAAACUUUGAUCGCUACGGAGAUGCYGGGGAAAGCCAGGGAUUCUCUCAGCAGCAGCAUCGCCAGUUCCAUCGCUUCCACGAUGGYUUCUAUUUUGACGAGUCCUUCUUCCAUUUCCCGUUCAAUUCGGAGAGGCGUGACACCUCUGACGAGAAGUAUUUGCUGCACUUUUCCCACUACAUCAAUGAAAUCGUGCCAGAUAGUUUCAAGAAACCUUACCUCAUUAAAAUCACCUCAGACUGGUGCUUCAGCUGCAUCCACAUCGAGCCCGUGUGGAAGGAAGUUGCUCAGGAAUUGGAGGUGCUGGGAGCAGGAAUCGGCGUCGUUCACGCAGGGUACGAACGACGCCUCGCCCAUCACCUGGGUGCCCACAGCACCCCGACMCUGCUGGGGCUCAUUAACGGGAAAAUAACCUUCUUCCACAACGCUGUGGUCCGGGAAAACCUGCGGCAAUUUGUGGAGAACCUUCUGCCAGGGAAUCUUGUUGAAAAGAUUACAGAUAAAAACUACAUCCGCUUUCUGUCCGACUGGAGGAAAGACAACAAGCCCCACGUGCUGCUGUUUGAUCACAUGCCAGUUGUGCCGUUGUUAUACAAGCUGACAGCCUUUGCCUACCGAGAUUACCUGUCCUUYGGGUACGUGUACGUUGGACUGCGAGGCACUGAAGAGUUGUCCAGUCAGUACAACAUCAAYGUCUACACUCCCACCAUGAUGAUCUUCAAGGAGCACAUCGACCGGCCUGCUGAUGUUGUGCAGGCACGAGAAAUGAAGAAGCAGCUCAUUGACGACUUCCUUUCGCAGAAUAAGUUCCUCAUGGUGGCCAGACUCACCAGCCAGAGGCUGUUCCAGGAGCUGUGUCCCGUGAAGAAGUCUCACCGUCAGCGGAAGCACUGCGUGGUCUUGUUUACGGGGGAAGGAGAGAAGUUUGCUGAGGCUUAUGAGGCCUUUUUGACUUUUGCUGUGGCCAACACAAAAGACACACUGAAGUUUGUGCACGUCUACAGUGACCGGCAGCCGGAAUUUGCAGACGCCUUGCUGAUGGAUGACGAGAAGUAUCGUGGAAGAUCGGCUGUGGUCAUUCUGGAGAGACGCAAUAAUGCAGGGAAGAUCGCCUACAAAGCCUUGGAGGAGGCCUGGCAAGGCAGCAAAGAGGACAACUUCAUCCUCUUGGAUCUCCUGGACCAGCUGAGGACAGAUCCUGGCCUUCUCUCAUCAGAGACCGUCGUGUCAGACUUGAAUGAUGAGCUUGCUCCUAUAUUCCUUAUCCGAUGGUUCUACUCCACGCUGGACUACAUCUCAGAUUGCUGGGACAGUUUGUUUCACAGUAACUGGCGAGAAAUGAUGCCACUCCURUCCUUGCUCUUCUCCGCGCUCUUCAUUCUCUUUGGCACGGUUAUUGUUCAGGCUUUCAGUGAUUCGAGCGACACAAGGGACUCUCCACCCUCGGGGAAAGAAGAAACCGCCACAAAGACAGAGAAGAACGAUGCAAGCUUCAGCAAAGAGAGUAACAGCAGRAUUCCCAAAAAGGGCUUUGUUGAGGUGACUGAGCUGACAGACAUCAACUACACCAGUAACCUGGUGCGCCUGAGGCCGGGGCACAUGAACGUCGUCUUGAUCCUGUCCAACUCCACCAAAACCCCCCUGCUCCAGAAGUUCGCCCUGGAAGUCUACACAUUCACAGGGAGCAGCUCUCUUCACUUCUCCUUUCUCAGCCUGGACAAGCACCGAGAGUGGCUGGAGUAUCUGCUGGAGUUUGCACAGGAUGCAGCCCCCAUCCCCAACCAGUAUGACAAGCAUUUCCUUGAGCGUGACUACACAGGCUACGUGCUGGCUCUGAAUGGCCACAAGAARUACUUCUGCCUCUUUAAGCCUCACAGAUCAGGGGAUGAGGGGGGAACCCUGGGAUCGUGCGAGGAUUACGAUGCUUUACAACACACGGAAGCCAAAGGGAAAUCCUCCUGCAACUCGGAAUCUAGGUCCAUUAAAAACAAAUUACACAAAUUGUCCUUUUGGAUGGAACGCCUUCUAGAGGGUUCCUUACAGAGGUUCUAUAUCCCCUCGUGGCCCACGCUAGACUGAGGGAUUUUACAGAGAUUCUAAGGGACAAACUUUUUAUGAAGAUGACAAGGGACAGCUCUUUGCAGGAAUACUCAAACAAGUGUGAUGAAUGGACCUUAGGUUUCAGAUGAACUCUCCUUGGGCCGGCAACCAGAACACACCUCCCACGUCCGGAGCCCGGGAGUGCAGCCAAGCGCACCCAUGUGCCCUCCACCGCCCCGCUGUGCGCUGUGUUUGAACGCCGUACAAGCGACGAGCCAAGAAGUCUGUUUUGCCCUUCUCAUCCUGCCACAUCUGCUUCCUGAGUCGCCUUGUUCCAUCUCUUGUUUUACCUCGGUUGAAGAAACCYGUGACUUCCCCGGGUCCGGAGCAGCCGUGGCCGGUGACGCAGGCCGGGUCGUGGUUCUCCUCCCCGUCCCCAUGUGCUUAGCCCAUGGUGCAUGGUGUAACUCUGGCAAGACCCUGCAGACCCUCCAGGCCCUGCCCUUCCAAAAGGCAUCCUYCCACCAGGCAGUGGUACUCUCUCGGCUUUCCCCGUGGUAAGUGAUGCAGAAUCCGGCCAGGAGCAUCUCCCUGGUAGCAGACCUCAGCUGGGAUUCCCCCUGGUGCAGGCUCAUGGGUGAUCUGCAUGUUUCAUGCUCCUCGUGUCAUGGUUCCACCUGCAGCUUCACCGGCUGAACUGUAAUAGGGAGGGAAAGGGUUUUGCACGGCCCUAAAAUACUGUCCAAGUGUUGAGCCAUUUAAAUGUCACGUUGAUUUUUCAGAUGCCUUUUCUGCUUCUGUCGAUUUUAGACGAUGUAUCCUAGAGCCAUAACUUUACCUGCGUCCUCAGAUUGUAGGCGUGAGCUGCUAUGAGCCAGUAGAUGUGUAAAAAACUCUAUGUAGCUGCCAGGGAGUCACCCGGGCUCCUUGCAAACACCCUUCCAGCUGUAGUACAAACCAACCUUCCUUUGUAUCGAGGAACCUCAUCCUUCAACGAUUGUAUUCUUGAAAUGUCRCCCCAGAAGUGCUGUGUCAUCCGACCAUCGCGUGUGUGUGAAGCUCCUUUGGUUUAGCGGGGGGUUUAGAUGCCGGGUCUCAGCCCCUCGCCCGUUUCCUUCUUGCCCCAAACCUCCAUUUCUCCACACUCAGGCUGCUCCCGUGGCUUUGUGUUUGUUUKCUUGGGUAUUUCUUUUGUGCUCUGGAAGCGGUGGGGGUGUGUGAGGUUAGAGCAGCCRCACAGCGCAGGGUUUGGACAAUGGUUUGCUGGUAGCAGUGCCCCRACAGCCGCUUCCAACUCCACAGGGAAAGGGGGUACCUGGGUAAGAAGGGAGGAUGAGCAGCAGCUUCAUGGCUGCUUAAACACCCCUUGAGUGAGCAAAUGAGGCAGCAGGGCUUCUUUUUGUGGCCAGGAAUGAAGGUUUUCAUUKAGGUUUUUCUGUGAGUUUUUCACUGACACUGAUCCAUCCUUCCAUGGAUCUGGAGCCCUGUGGCUCCGUCAGGCUCUGGCACUGCCGAAGGGCAGGAAUGGGGGCASGUGGCCUUUGCCACAGGGCUUGGAACACAGAGCACUUGGUGAACACGUGGUGUUAAUUGCAAACUCAGCCCUUGCCACUUUAGGUACAUGCUAGCAGAGCAACCAGUCAGUAGGAAUUACUGCCAACCCCUGAGCCGGCUGCUGAUCCCGUACAGAAGCCAGGACAUUGCACUCCCUACAUGCCCUAGUUUCUCCCAAAGCCUUGCCUUUGCAUUCCUCCCCAUCCUGGGAGCAGAUUGGCAUGCUCCACCCCCACAGGUACCUCAGACCCCAGUAAAUUGUGCUUCAAAUAAAGGCUGCCAUGCUACAAACAGACCCUACGUUAGGUUAAUUAAUUCCAGCCCCAUGGAUUCGGGGCCAUGGAAUGAGGCACUAAAGUAGAGGGAAGGAAGGAAGGAAGGUGAGGUCUUCUCCCUGCCAGGAGCUCCUGUGAAGGUACACAGACGCCACUGAAAGAGCAGAGGGGGGAUGGAACACCAGCCUGAUGCUUCUAGACUUUUAUUUCUACCUGGCUGGAGCCAUCACCGCAGCACUCCUGCACUUCUCCCACAGCUUGCCACGCAGGAUGUGGCUGGAUUAGGUUUUAGCCUAGCAGAAGCUCCACAUAACGUCUUAAAUGAAGUAUAAUGCAGAAGUGUAAUGCUCUCUGGGUCCUUGCUAUCCCUUCAGCUGGUCAGAAACAAGGAGAAAACCCUCAACUCGUGAAAAAGAAGUGCCUAGUAAUGCUACAGCAAGGGAAUUCAGCCCUGCCCUGAGGAAGGGGAGAAGGCUUUAUGGCCUUCAGAUCAGUGUGUGCUGCACGCUGCCAGAAUCCUUGGUUCUGUUUUGUUUUUAGCACAGGUAACCUCCCCUUUGGGCCAGACUGAGCUGAGGGAGCGCUUGCAUCGGUCCACCCGUGCCAGCUGUCGUUGGACAGGAGCACAGCUCCUGGACUUUAUGGAAACUUUUACCUGGGUUGAAGCAAAAGCCAAGCUGCUCUUCCCCCUGGUUUAGUUGGCUGCAGUGCCAGCGUGGCACUCUGGGUGUUUGCUGGCUCGAGACCACAGUCAGAGCUGCUUCUCCCGGGGUCUGCCCUCUCCCAGCAGCCAUGAGCUGUCACCCCCCAUCAUCUCCUAACACCUGCGAUUCUGUUGGGUGCGUGGUGGUUUGAAAUCCAAAGAUUGAGGGAAUUGGGUCCUAGUGCACGUUCCUAGUGAGAUCUGAGCGAUGGCACGGUGCUCGGAGCUGAGGUGAAGGGGUACAGACCCCAGAGGGGAGGUUGUACCCAAACUCCUCCCUGCCCAUCUCUGCCCUUCACCCACAGCAUCCAGGAGCCAGGAUACGAGCGCAGCCUGACCAGUAGGACUGAAAACUAGGUACCUAUUUUGCACUUUUGAUACUGGGAGGGGGGGAAUUAACUUAUUUGGCAAACUUGUCUUUUUCAUUUUGGAUUUUUUUUUUGUUCAGGUUUUUUUUUGUUUGUUUGUUUUUUGGUUUUUUUUG